AUGAGUAGGUUUGUACUGGAUACUUCUACUUCUCAAAGCUCUACAGCGAGGAAUAUUCGCAGAUUCAUUAGAGAUACAGAGCUCAGUGAUCAUAGGUCAAAUAGAGAUACUUCUACGCUACCAUCUACUACGAACCAGUCCAAAGAACCUGAAGAUAAAUAUCUGACGAAUGAGAGUUUCGAACCGUCGUUUCAUUUUAUUAAUAAGAGUUUAAUGGAUCAAAUCAAUAAAUCAGAUCAUAUAGAUAAGAGCCAAUUAUCAGACCAGAUAGGACCCGUGAACAUCUCGAAGAGUCAGAAUGAGAAUGGCAAGGAAAAUAUAGGGGGAAAGCCUGAAAAUGAAGAGAAUCAACCGAAUAACGAUGAUAACGAGCAAAAUAACGGCAAUAAUUCGUAUCAGAAUAAAUUGAAAUAUUUGCCCAAUUCUGAUUUCAAAUAUGAUACCAACAACUCGUAUAGCAUGAAUUCGAUGAAUUCGCCUAUUUCGAUACCGAAUACAUUCAAAUAUAAAUCACAUCCUAAUGCAAAAACCAAGUCCCAAUUAGGUGCUUCUCAACUUACUCUUCCAGAAGAGGAGGAGCAUUCUUUUCAUAACCUUACUAAGAAUCGAGAUAGUUCCCAGCACGAUACUAAUACACCACCCAUAAAAACUUCCACUAUAAGACACGAAAAUGAACAAGAGCAAGACCUUAAUUCCUUAAAUAAUGCGGAUUUUAAUGCUACUCCUGAUUGGAUGCCAGAAGAACUAGUCGAUAAAUGGAUACCAGCGAAGUCUUUUGAAUUACAAAACCAUGAAAACUUAGAGCAGCCAGAUUUUGGAUCGUCGGUAAGAAUAACAAAGCAAACUGAUACGAAUAGGGAUUUGGGCAUGAACCUCCAGAUGUUAUCUACUAAUACCAUGAUCCACAAUUCAAAGCCCACGGCGAAUGAGACCCCCAUGUGGAAAAAAGCGUCAAAGGAAUAUGAGUUGAAUAGAAAUUCACAACCUCAAUUGCAUAAUAUUUUCCUUUCGAUAGACAGUCUGAAAGAUGAAGGCACAAACAUAGAUAAAUUAGUAUAUGGCAUCCCUGAAGCGCAACCUGAAAGGGAACAUGAAUCUGAACCAAACAGUAAUUCGAUCUCAUCUACCUUAUCAACUCCCAUGGCCUCUAUAUCAAAUAAGAGUGGUACAGCGUUAACAAAAGACCAAAUAAUUCAGUUGGAGAAUAUAUUAGAAGGAGAAGGUAAAGGUAAGCCUAAUGAUUUCUUCUUGCACGUUCCAAAUCCCGAAUCUCCUUUGAAAUUAUUUGGAGAUAAAUAUAAUACUUUCACCAAGGGAAAAUUAACUGAUCUUCUACAAAAGAUUAAUACAAAGACUCCCUCCUCCGCAAAAGCAUCAAAGCAAAGUACUGGAAUGAAGAAAGAUAAAUAUGGUGAAGCUGUACCGGAGUCUUCAAACCCACUUCAAGAGCCUCAGUUAAAAAUUAAGAAUUUUACAAAAUCUGGAACUUACACUGAAGAGCAAUUUCUUCAGAAUGCAAAUAAUAUAUUCAAUAAUAUUCAAAAGAGGGGCUUUAAGAUGAAUCAAGAUAUCACACAUGAUUUGAGCCAUGCUGGUGGCAGACAACGUUCACUGUCAUCUGCUGUAAAUUCUCAAUCUACAGCUACUUCAACACCUAAAAAUAUUAAGGUUAAUGAUAUUGAUAAAAUUAUGUCCGAGGAUGAAUAUUCAUCUUUUACAAGUGGUUUUGAAGAACAGGAAAGUACAGAAUUUCCUCAAUACAAUACUGAAGGAGGCCAUGACGGGACUCAACAAAACGAAUAUACUUCGUUUGAUCAAAGCAACUCUGUAAAAGAUAACGAAAACGCCAGUUACACGAAUUUAUCUCCGCGCAACUUACAAGCUUUACAAAGGGAAUUGUCUCACUCGAACGAAAGUAUGUAUACAAUCGAUGAAGCAUAUACAGAAGAUAAAAUUCCGAAUGAAGAUUCCAUUAAAGAACCAAGCCUAAAUAAAGGUGAAAAAUCAGAUGGAAAUGCUCAUGAAGUUAAAUAUUUUGCCAGCAGACUAGAAGAAUUGGAGAAAAUGAUGAAAAAUCUUAAUAUAGAUGCAUACCAGGCUGAUAUUAAAAGAUUGGAAAUAGAAAACACCCGAUUAAAGCAUGAAUUAAAAAGAAGAAGUGGAAGCGAAAAUCAUGGAAACGGUUGUGAAGUAGUCAUUGACGAUAUUGAUUUGACUAAUGAAGACUUGAGUCAAAUGCAAGAUUUUAUUAAGUGGAAACGUGCAUCUGAAUUACGCUUGCAAAAUAAUAAUUCUUUGAAUGGUUCUCCGACACUGAAGGUGAAAGAAAAGAUUGGAAAUCAACUUCCAUUCAUUAGAGGUAGAGUAGAGCCAGGAAUUGAUUUACCCAUAGAAUACGAUAAUAUGAUUCUUGAUACAAAGAACCAGAAAUGGAUAGCAAAUGACAAAGAAAAUGAAUAUCACGGUAGUUUAGAUUCAAUCGAAGACUUAUUGUCACGGUCAGAGGAAGAUGAUCAGAGAAUAGAUAAUGCAGGUAGUAUUCUAUCAGAGAGUAAACUAUCCACGAAAAAUGUUCGUAAAAGAAAUAAUGAUAGUAAAUUGGAGGUUUCGUUCAAUUUGCCUAAUGCGACAGAUGAAAUGGAUGAAACGAAUCACGAACAUGAAAGCAAAUCCUCUUCUUUGAAUAAUGUUACGCAUGUGUCUCAAAUUAACGAUAUCACUUUUUCACAAACGAAGAAGAAAUUAGUUGCUGUUAUAACUGAUGUUUUAUCAGUAGGGCAAAAUUUUAGAUCAAUUAACUGGGGGAAAGUGACAAAUAUAGCUAUUUGUGGUUAUCAGUUGGACAGUAUAAAAGAUCUUAAUAAGUUUCUUCCUAGAUUGAAUAAUGUGGACCUCUCAGAUAAUAGCAUUAAAUUUUUAGAUGGGCUUCCCUCGAGGGUUCUAAAUUUGAAUGUCUCUCAUAAUGACAUUGGACAUAUGACAUCUUUCAACAGGUAUCAUGACUUGCAGCAUUUGAACAUUUCGUUUAACAACAUGACCAAUCUUUCAAAUAUGACUAACAAUAUUCAUUUAACAGAGUUGAUCGCCCCUAAUAAUCGAUUGGUAUCAAUCGAUGGUAUCAAAAAAUUGGAAAAUUUGAUAAAAAUUGACGUCUCUCAGAAUGACUUGAUGGGAGAAAUAAAUUUCUCUAGCUUUAAACUACUGAACUUACAAGAGCUAAAUAUCUCAGAGAAUAGCAUUCAGUCAUUAAAUGGGUUAGAGUGUUUGCCAAGCUUGAGAAUAUUAAACGCAAAUGAGAAUCAAAUCACAAAUAUCUCAUGUAUGGGGAAACAUCACCACUUAAAGAAAAUGCUUCUUAAACUAAACAACUUGCAAAGAUUAAAUUUAGAACCAUAUCCAUUCUUAAGGUGCUUAAGGAUUGAUGGGAAUAACCUAAAUGUGGUCACUAAUUUUAGCAAAUUGAAAUAUUUGGAAGAGAUCUCUUGCAAAUCUCAAAAUAACUCUGAAGUGAUAAAGCAUAUGCUAAAUGGAUCUAGAGAUGUACAGAAGUUAGAUCUAUCUGGAAAUUUUCACUUUAACUUUUUCCCUGACUCAAAUAUUAACACAUUAAAUCAUAACAUGAAUUAUAAUCCUUUCUUGAAUUUAAAUGUUUUAGUGCUCUCAGCAAUGAACCUUUCUAAGCUUCCGACUGAUUUUGCUUCUUUAUUUCCAAAUAUCAGAGAAUUAAACUUAAACUUCAAUAAUUUAAGUAAUAUUUCAGCUUUAUCAAAAAUGAGAAACAUUAGGCGAUUAUAUAUGGUAAGUAAUAAUGUGAGGGAAAUAGGAAGUGUCGUUGAGAGCUUAAAUGGUGUGAGGAAUACCUUGAGAGUAUUAGAUUUGAGAUUAAAUCCUAUUAAUAUUUCCGUUUAUCCUUAUGUUUUUAAUCCCCAGGAGCUAGACUAUUUACAAGUGGAAAUAGGAAAUAAAACCGAGGGAGCUCCGAUACAAUUAGAAACACUAGAUGAUAUAGAAAGCUUCGCCAUCCACUAUGAAUCAUUGACAAGGAAUCAUGAAGAUUGGUCUGAAAGAGACUCUAAGUUUCUUUCUCAUUUAAGAUCUGAUACAAAUCUGGAAAGAGCCAAACAUAGACAUAAUUAUGAAACUUUAUUGAUAAACUUUUUCAAUCACUUAAAAAAGCUAGAUGGUGGCUUGAUCACAUACGAAAAAAGAACUUCCUUAGUAAAGAGGUCUCAAUUAGAAGUAGAAUAG